GCUAAUAAACAAUAAGCAUAGGUACGAUUAAAAAAGAAAAAAAAAACUCGUCUCACAGAUAACCAGAAUCAUGCAAAUUAAACAGUGACUCCACCUGUCUCUACCCUCAACACUCCCAGAUCGACCCCAGCCAGUGCUGGCUAUGAGCUGGAAUGCAGGGAGACAGGCGUCCACAUGCUGCCUGCAACUUGAAUUGCUGCAUGCUUUUCGCAAGGUAAUUUGGCAGAAUCUAUUAACAUUAAAAAAUGUUCAAACUCUGUGACCCAGCAAUCCCACUUCUAGGAAUGCAGCCCUUAGGAGGGAUGUCUCAGUUCUCUCCACUAAUGGACCAGGAGAUGUGUGAAGGGAAAAACACACACCUCUGGAUACCUGCCGAUGCCCAUCAGGCUGGACUGGCCCAGAGUGGGAAGGCAUCUGCCUGCUGUGGAGUAUUAUGCAGCUGGGGUCGCGCUGUGUUGCCCAGCUGGACUCAGUGUGCAGACAUAUCAGAAGUUGGGUGACAGAAGUGUCCAGUUAUAGGCCCAGCAACCCCUCCACCCUCGAAGAGUGCCAGCCCUGUGCCAGCUGCCUGGGGCCGACCGACGGGGCAGAGGCCAGGCAGCUGUGAUGGGGCAGCAGCAGCAGGUCUUUGGCACUUGCUAGAUAUUAACACCAUGAGCUUCGUGGCAUACGAGGAGCUGAUCAAGGAGGGUGACACAGCCAUCCUGUCACUGGGCCAUGGUGCAAUGGUGGCAGUGCGUGUGCAGCGUGGGGCACAGACCCAGACCCGGCAUGGUGUCCUGCGACACUCAGUUGACCUUAUCGGCCGCCCCUUCGGCUCCAAGGUGACGUGUGGCCGAGGUGGCUGGGUGUACGUGCUGCACCCCACGCCUGAGCUCUGGACGCUGAACCUGCCGCACCGCACGCAGAUCCUCUACUCCACGGACAUCGCCCUCAUCACCAUGAUGCUGGAGCUUCGGCCCGGCUCUGUGGUCUGUGAGUCUGGCACGGGCAGUGGCUCUGUGUCCCACGCCAUCAUCCGCACUAUUGCACCCACCGGCCACUUGCAUACGGUGGAGUUCCACCAGCAGCGGGCAGAGAAGGCACGGGAGGAGUUCCAGGAGCACCGCGUGGGCCGCUGGGUGACCGUGCGCACACAGGACGUAUGCCGCAGUGGCUUUGGCGUGAGCCACGUGGCUGAUGCCGUCUUCCUGGACAUCCCGUCACCCUGGGAGGCUGUGGGACAUGCCUGGGAUGCCCUCAAGGUGGAAGGCGGGCGCUUCUGCUCCUUCUCGCCGUGCAUCGAGCAGGUGCAGCGCACGUGCCAGGCGCUGGCGGCGCGCGGCUUCUCAGAGCUGAGCACCCUGGAGGUGCUGCCGCAGGUCUACAACGUGCGCACUGUCAGCCUGCCACUGCCCGACCUGGGCUCGGGCACAGAUGGCCCUGCCGGCCCCGACACCAGCCCCUUCCGCAGCGGCACACCCAUGAAGGAGGCCGUGGGCCACACCGGCUACCUGACCUUCGCCACCAAGAUCCCAGGCUAGGGGGCCGCCACCCCGGGCACCAGGGAGCUGGGAACACAGAAGGGCUGGGCAGGGAGGCCAGAGGCACCUUACAUGGUCGGCGACACCUGCUAGACACAGAUGGUGGGGCGGGGUUUGAGGGCCUCCUGGGUGGCCAGAGUUUGGGGGCCGGAGGGGCGGCUGUGAUGGAGGAGCAGAGCUGGGGCUGGGCCUCAGCCUUUCUUGUCUAGGCCCGCGGCCUGUCCCAGCUGCUGUUUGUUGCCAGCAUGAAGUCUCCACUGCCACAGGCUCUCCUGGGUAUUGAGGCCAGUGAGUGAGUGGGGGGAGUCAGACCCUCUCUCCAGGUGGGCCUAAGCAGGAAGGGGGUGGAGGAGGAGCAUUGUCCCUGAGGCCAUGCUGCAUCUGACUCCAGGCCCCCACAGCCCAGGCUGCCCCACAGGGUCUGAGACCACCUUGUGCUCUGCCAGUCCCUGGGCCAAGGCUCCAGUCUUGGCCAGCAGCCAGGGUGAGCUGACCCAGGAUCCCUACCUAGCUCUCCCCAGCACUAGGAGACCAGGCCAGCCCAGGAACCAGGGAGGUGACCCUGCUCUCUGACUUCCAGGCUGAUGUCACAGCACUGGGCUCAGCCCAGGCCUCCGUCCACUCAUGUCCAAGAGGCAGGGGCAGCCCCCAUCCAGCCAGAGUCCCUUGACACAGGCUGCGCUCGGUGAGGUCAGGCGGCGCUGCGGAGAGGAGCAGCACAGUGGGUUGUUUGCCGAGGGUGACCAGGCAAGUCCAUGUCAGGGCCGGGGUGUGAGUGUCAGCCUGUGAACUCUGCAGGCACUCCUGCCCCUCACAGAAGCCAGGGGCGUGGAGGAGGUCCCCCCACAGGGAUCAUGGUAUGGGUGGGGGAGGUGCAUACAGGACACCUCUCGGGGACAGUGCCUAUGUGAUUACCUCUUAAAGCCUGAGGGGGCGUUUCCCAAAGCAGGACAGAGGGUGGGACACCCGGGCUGGGGGCUCUCUUCGCCUGCCCUGGUGUGUGAUGGCCUCAAGGGAGGACCAGUGCAUGUAUCAGCCAUGGUACCCUGGAGCUGCCUCUAGUGUGCGGGGGGGCCUGGGUUUCUGCCCAGGAACCAGUCACCUUUGGGAGCCUCGGUUUCCCCGGUGUUGGCCUCAAGUGCUGUGCUAGCAGGGGCUUGGCCCCGAGUGUGAGUGAUGAGCAAUAAAUGUGCCGCCCGCCCCCC